GGCAUCUCCGUGUCUGGCUGCUGUCAGGGAUCGACUCACUCUCAUCUCUCCCGGAGGAAAUUCACCGCAGAAAAAAGCCGCCAUGGACGCUGGACCGGGGCCAGAGUGAAGCGGCUCCUCGGUGGAUUACCGUGCGGCCGGCCUCACGCCGGAUGACGGGAGAUGAGCCACGGCAGCGCCAGCCCGCACCAUGAGCAUCCAGAGCCUGGGAGGGGCCAUCGGCGAGUCCCUGGGCUCUAGCCUGACGGUGCGCAUGAGCGGAGCGGGCGGCGGGUGGAGCGCACUCAAACCCGUGUCGUCCGGGCGCGUCGCCUCCGUCUUCCAGACCAUGGUGCCCACCGGCUACACCAAGCUGCAGGAGGAGCGGCUGGCCAUGGCGGACCUGGGCGCCAAGCCCGACGCCGGCCCGCUGCAGAACGGCUACAGGCCGGAGGGGGGGCACCUGGAGGGCCGCCGGGUCCUGGACCGGGCCUCGCGCUCGUCCCUGACGCUGUCGGACUGCGGGGACGGGGGCUUCUCCGAGACGGAGCCCAUGCUGGCCGAGAGGCGGCCGUCCGGGGACGAGGCGGACGGCGAGGACGAGGAGGACGAGGAGGAAGGGCCGGGCUCGGCCCGCCACAACAUGCCCAAGGAGUCCCCGCUCGCCAUGGCGCUGCAGAUUCUGGUGCCUUUCCUCCUGGCCGGGUUUGGAACCGUGUCCGCCGGAAUGGUGCUGGACAUCGUGCAGCACUGGGAGGCGUUCCAGUUCAUCACGGAGAUCUUCAUCCUGGUUCCGGCUCUGCUGGGCCUGAAGGGGAACCUGGAGAUGACUCUGGCGUCCAGGCUGUCCACGGCGGUGAACGUGGGGAAGAUGGACUCCCCCAUCGAGAAGUGGAACCUCAUCAUCGGGAACCUGGCCUUGAAGCAGGUCCAGGCCACCGUGGUGGGCUUCCUGGCCGCCGUAGCAGCCGUAGUCCUGGGCUGGAUCCCCGAGGGGAAGUUCCAGAUGAGCCACGCCGUCCUGCUGUGCUCCAGCAGCGUGGCCACCGCCUUCAUCGCCUCCCUGCUGCAGGGGAUCAUCAUGGUCGGGGUAAUUGUGGGUUCCAAGAAGACGGGCAUCAACCCGGACAACGUGGCCACGCCCAUCGCCGCCAGCUUCGGCGACCUCAUCACCCUGGCCAUCCUGGCCUGGAUCAGCCAGGGCCUCUACAAGUGCCUGGACUCCUACCCCUACGUGUCGUCGCUGGUCUGCGCCUUCUUCAUGUGUCUGACGCCGCUGUGGAUCGUCAUCUCCUCCAAGCACCCGGCCAGUCGCACCCUGCUGUACUCCGGCUGGGAGCCGGUCAUCACCGCCAUGGUCAUCAGCAGCAUCGGAGGACUCAUCCUGGACAAGACGGUGUCGGACCCCAACCUGGCCGGCAUCGUGGUCUACACCCCGGUCAUCAACGGGAUCGGUGGGAAUCUGGUGGCGAUCCAGUCCAGCAGGAUCUCCACCUACCUGCACUUCCACUGCGCUCCGGGGGAGGUUCCCGAGGAGGCCCGGGGCUGCUACUACCCCUGCCGCACCUUCUGCGGCACAGGAGCCAAUCACCGCUCGGCUCAGGUGCUCUUCCUCCUGGUCAUCCCCGGACACCUCAUCUUCCUCUACACCAUCCACCUGAUGAAGAGCGGCCACACCACCCUCACGCCCAUCUUCAUGGCCGUCUACCUGGCCGCCGCCAUGCUGCAGGUGCUGCUGCUGCUGUGCAUCGCCGACUGGAUGGUCCACUCCAUGUGGCGCAGCGGCAAAGACCCCGACAGCUUCUCCAUCCCCUACCUGACGGCGCUGGGCGACCUGCUGGGCACGGCGCUGCUGGCGCUCAGCUUCCACUUCCUGUGGCUCAUCGGGGACCAGGACAGCGACGUGGGCGACUGAGACGGCCCGGCGGUCGCCUCCCCCCCCCCCCACCCCCCGCGGCAUUGUGGGAGCAGACGGGAUGGGACUUCUUCUUCUUCUGCUCCUGCUUCCGUCUCUUCCCCCCUUUCUAAACCAUGAAACUCUCUUCCUGAUCUGUUCUCGGUAGCGACCCUGAUCUGCGUCAUUUUGCACCAAAGCACCUGGAUAUGGAACCGCGGGCCUGUUGAGGAGCGCGGCGGUCCCGGUCCUGGUCCCGGCCCACGGCGGUCUCUGUCUGCCGGCUGAGUCAGUCGGAGGGCGUCUGAAAGGAAAAAGCUUCUGUCGGGAGGACUCGCCGCCCACUGUGUCGCUCACUCUCCACUGCUGCAUUGCUGCGCGGCGCCGGCGGUGGGACCAGCGCCGCCGAGCCGCAGCACCAGGAAAACUUAAAAGGGAAAAGCAUGAAUUAGUGAUGAGGGUACGAAGCGUCUCGCCGCCGUGUUGUUGUGUUUUUGUGUUUUGCGCCUCACUGGGACCUGCUUCCCAACAUUUCAGUCUCAUUUCAGUACAGUAAAGUUCUCGCUGCAGCUGUUAAAUCACAGUUUAUCACACAGGAAACAACCUUUUUUAAAAAAACUUCUUUGCCUUUUGCAGCUUCUGAGUAUCUUGGGAGCAGGCAGUUCACCAACACGCAGCGCCAGGCUGCUGUAGUUUGACACCAGCUUCACUGUGUCAAAUUGAAGAUGCACAGAAGUGUGACGGAAAACAGUACUUUUCAGUUUGUACUGCUUUAAGCUGAUAUGUUGUCCUUUAAUUUACAAUAUUUCGUUCUUCAAAUGUUUCAAAAUGUGGAAAUCAGCGAAUCGGAAUCAAUCUGUAUCUGCUUUCCUUCCAUUGAUGCUAAGUUAGCUUGUUAGCUAACAAAAACUCAAAAGAGCUAGACUGAAGACAACCUGGGGGACUCAGUGUCUCGUUACUGCCGCCUGCUGGUCGACACUGGCAUCGCCUGAGUGUUACUGUAACGUAAAGAACAUUUCUUUUGCCAUAUCAGAUUUUAUUUUUGUUUGUUUUGUUUUCUUUGGGACCAGAUGGGAAAUUAGCAUUUGUCUUACGUGUCAACAGCGUAACUGAAAAAACGUACUUUUUAAUGCCAACACACUCAACGGGGCCAAAUGAAAGGAAGAGGCUCGAUGUCAGUCUGUGGAUGAAAGCGUGAAGCUCGGACCAAAGGUUUUAGCGUAUGCUAGCUUAACGCAGCCAUGCUAACGAUCGGUUCCAGUCUCCAGUUUCAGGACCGAUGAUGGAAAAAUGGAAAACGCCUCCGUGUUUUUUCCAAAAUUCCACUCAUGUGUUUAGAUUGUUUUUGUCAUUUAGCAUCUUUGCUAACAUUAACGUUCGCAGUAGCCUAACGCAGCACUUUCACUGAUGUGUUUGAAUCUCUUCGCCGGCUGGAGGUGCUCCUGGUUACUCCUCCUCUGAAGAGCCAGCUUCAGUCUCCAUCAGAUUGUUCACCCUCGCAUGCAAAAUAUUUGCUGGCAGGUAUUUUGCACUUUGGUUUGUUUUGCCUCCGAGGUGAGAAUUAGCUUAAACGUUAAACAUUUAAGUUUCUGCAUCCGAACCUGUACGUAGCAGCAGGGGCGAAAGCUGAACUUUAAAGGAACGUGACGCAGUAUUUAUUAAAGACAGUCAUUGAAAGUUCAAUGGUCGUCACAUUCCCACCUGUUUACAGAUAUUAGAGCGACUCACUUCACCAUCUAGUGGGAGAAACUGGCAUUACAGCGUUAAAUGGAGUGAAGGUUACAGCAGCAGAAGCUAUCAAGCUAAUCAAUUUAAACAUGAAUGAUUCAGUUUCUCUGUUGUCCACCUGACGGAGGCUUUUUCAGUGUCUCAGUAGAAUUGUCCCGCAUUUCAAAUAAGCGUAUCAAUCAAUCAGUCAAUCACAUCCAAUGGAAAAGAUGUCAAGUUGCAGUAUUGUUUUACCUUUUUCUGUUUUUUUUCCUGGAAGAAUUUCAAAUGUUACCAUGAAUAUGUUGAAGCAGGAGUAUAAAACUCACUUUCAGGUCAAACUGGACCAGAGCUGGUAAUUAAUGGGAAAAAAAAUCAACUUUUAGUGGAGAAUAAGUGCAGUUUGAUUCCUCGUGGCUAAUGCUAAUCACUAGCUUCCACUGCAUACCAGGACCUGGAUCUGAGCUUCCUGCUGGCCGCUUUUGGCCCCCAGAGCCACGUAUUUGACACAGUGCAGCGAUGCUGGGUGGAGGAUUCAGCUUCCAGGUUCAGCAUGAAUUCCAGCCUCCAUCGGUCUUUUUCACAUGAUGCUGAUUGUCUUCUUAAACUUGCUGUUUUACAUUAUUUUUCCUACAUUGUCCAAACGCUUCUUUUAGAAUGAUUCUUAGCUCCGCCCCCUGCUCAUACAGGGUUCGUUAGCUUCGUUUACAUGUUAGCGCUGACGACUCGGCAGUUUACGGAUUUAAAGUGGGACUAUGGGAAAUCUGGUGUGUGAUUGGACGCCGGCUGGCGGCCCCCCUCUACUCCGAUAUGUGCCUCUGGAGAUUCUCUGGUUUUUCUCGCCAUUAAUGCAGUUUUCCUUUCUACUUCAUCGAACGACUUUCUUAACAUGUUGGGUUCUCGCUGGAUUUCCGGGACGAGACCGUCUCUGGGGUUUAAAGAGAAUAAAUGUUGCUGAU